AGCGGGGCAAGACUAAGGAAGGACGGAGCUGCCGGCCAGACCUGUUUCAGCGCUUGGCUGCGUGAGUGUUAUCCGCCCGUGCGUCCGCCUUGAGCACGGGGGGUCUCCUCGACAACGAUGGAAGGACGACGAAGCCUCGUUGUGCUUUGGACACUUACGGCGCUGCUUUCCCAAGUGCGCGGCCAGGAGAACGACGAUGAGCCGUCAUCUUCAAUCGAAAAGCAGCGCUACGAUGGCUGGUAUAACAACCUGGCGCACCAGGACUGGGGAGCUGUGGAAAGCCAGCUGGUACGCAAAGCGCCUUCGUCUUACGCGGACGGUGUCUACAUGAUAGCGGAGGGACGGCCUAGCGCGCGCUCCCUCAGUCAGGAGCUGUUCAAGGGCGAAGACGGGCUUCCGUCCGUCAGGAAUAUCACCGUGCUCUUCGUUUUCUUCGGCCAGGUGAUUUCGUCGGAGGUGUUGAUGGCGAGUGAGCCAGGAUGCCCCAUCGAGUUUCACCGCAUUCCUAUCAGCCGCUGCGACGAAAUGUACGACAGCAAGUGCACGGGCCAGCGCUACAUGCCGUUUCACAGGGCCCACUAUGACGUAAAGACUGGACAGUCGCCCAACAACCCCCGCGAACAGACGAACCUGGCAACUAGCUGGAUCGACGCUUCGUACGUGUACAGCACAAGCGAGACAUGGGCCAACACGAUGCGCUCCUUCGAGAACGGCACCUUCCGCGUGGCGGAGGACGGCUUGCCGCCAAAGAAUAAGGAGCGCGUCCCACUGUUCAACUCGCCGCCGGCACGCUACCUGGGAGUCAUGAACCCUGAGCGCAUGUUCAUUCUGGGCGAUCCGCGGACAAACCAGAACCCAGGCCUGCUGGCGUUUGGCAUUCUCUUCUUCCGCUAUCACAAUGUUCACGCCUUGCGCAUUAAGGAGCAACAUCCAGACUGGACCGACGAGGACAUAUUCCUGCACGCCAGGAGGCACGUCAUUGCAGCAUUGCAGAACGUCAUCAUGUACGAGUACGUGCCGGUGCUGUUGGGCGAAAAUGUCACAGAGUACACAGGAUACAAACCGGACGUGCAUCCAGGCAUCAGUCAUGAGUUUCAGGCUGCCGCCUUUCGGUUUCCACAUACAUCCAUUCCUCCUGGUAUCUAUCGCAGGGAUAGCUCCUGCCGUUUCCUUGACACAAAGAAUGGAUUCAAAGCUCUGCGACUGUGUUCCACCUGGUGGCUUUCUGAGGAAGUGCUGCCUGCUUCUGGUAUCGACGAGUUCAUCCUGGGAAUGGCGUCUCAGAUCGCCGAGAAAGAAGACCACAUCCUCUGUUCAGACGUCCGAGACAAGCUCUUCGGUCCCGUGGAGUUCACUCGGCGUGACCUUGCGGCGUUGGACAUUAUGCGGGGUCGUGACAAUGGUCUUCCAGACUACAACACAGUGCGCCGCCACCUGGGCCUACCACCGAUUACAAAUUGGACUCAAAUAAACGAGAAACUGGCGCGUACAAACCCAGAGCUCUUCGACAAGAUGCGAAAAUUGUACCGCGACCAACUGGACAACGUGGAUCUUUUCGUGGGUGGCAUGCUGGAGUCUGACGAAGGCCGCCCGGGGCCACUCUUUCGAAAAAUCAUCCGAGAGCAGUUUGAACGUCUCCGGGACGCCGACCGUUUCUGGUUCGAGAACCGGCAAAAUGGAAUGUUCUCUGCCAAGGAAAUCGAAGGCAUCCGGAAGAUUCGCAUGUACGACAUCAUCCUCGCAGCGACAGAUAUCAAACCACAUGAGAUUCAGAAGAACGUUUUCUUUCACUACAAAGGGGACCCAUGUCCGCAGCCGCUGCAGAUAAACAGUUCCGUGUUGGAGCCCUGCAUGAUCUUGGAUGGCUGGGACUACUUCAGGGGCAACGAAGUGGCCUACAUCUACUCGUGUCUUAUUCUCGCCUUCAUUCCCAUAAUAUGCGCAGGUCUUGGAUAUGGAGUCAUAAAGCUGCAGAACAAAAGACGGCGGAUAAUCAAGGCUAAAAAAGAUACGGCAAUAGGGAAGAACUACGACAAGCUGUAUGUCAAGGAAUGGCUGCACCAAAACCACAAACGGUUUGUGAAGGUCAAAAUUGGUCCAGAUGAGUCUCUAUCGACGGUGAAUAGAAAAGGCGAACUGCUUCGAAAAGUCGAUUUCAAGUCAGUAUCGACCCUUGUAGUAGAAGUCACCAUUGACAUGGCUAAGAAGCCUAUGUGCCUUGUGCGGUCGCCGCGUGACCACGAUCUGGUUCUUCAGUUCGACAGCGUCCACUCUCGUAAAAAGUUCCUGAAUAAGUUAGAAAGCUUCCUUGUGAACCGGAAGAAGACGCUCGAGAUGAUCAACACUACCCGUGACACGAUGCUGGCGAAUGCUGAAACAAAGGAGAAGCGCCAGAAGCGUCUCGAGCAUUUUUUCCGAGAAGCGUACGCGCUAACAUUCGGAUUAAAGCCCGGUGAAAAAAGGAAACUGGAGGAAGUUGGCAACGAUGUUAUCAUGGUCAUGCGGACGUCACUGUCGAAGCAAGAGUUCGCCGAUGCCCUCGGUAUGAAACCGGACUCUUUGUUCGUGAAGCAAAUGUUCAACUGCGUCGACAAGGACAAGGAUGGGCAAAUCAGCUUUCAAGAAUUCCUGGACACAGUGGUACUUUUCACAAGGGGUAAGAGCGAAGACAAGCUCCGCAUCAUCUUUGACAUGUGCGACAACCAUGGUGACGGAAUGAUUCAGAAACAGGAGCUCACACGCAUACUGCGCUCUCUCGUGGACAUUGCGAAGACAAAUUCUCUCAGUGAGUACGAGACGAGUGACAUCAUACGAAGCAUGUACGUUUCGGCGGGACUUGAUAACUCCGACACACUCAGUUACGAAGACUUCAAGAAGAUGAUGAAAGAGCAUCGUGGAGACGUCAUCGCCAUCGGUCUAGACUGCAAAGGUGCUAAUCAAAACUUCCUGGAUACAUCGUCAAAUGUUGCGAGAAUGACAAGUUUUCAAAUAAACCAGCCUGCGGAAGACCCGCCUUCAUGGACCGUGCUGAAGUGGAACCAAGUGACCACAUUCUUGGAGGAAAACCGGCAACAUGUGUUCUACUUGUUCGUCUUCUACGUCUUCACAAUUGUAUUAUUCAUCGAAAGAUUUAUCUACUACUGCUACAUGUCCGAGCACAUGGACCUGCGGCACGUGAUGGGAGUGGGAAUCGCCAUCACACGAGGAUCAGCGGCUUCUCUUUCCUUUUGCUAUUCUCUCCUGCUUCUCACCAUGUGCCGCAACUUGAUCACCAAGAUCCGCGAACUGCCUUUGCAGCAGUACAUACCACUCGACUCGCACGUACAGUUUCACAAGAUUGUCGCCCUGACGGCACUCUUCUUCAGCCUGGUGCACACCGUUGGACACUACAUAAAUUUCUACCAUGUCUCUACGCAGCCAGCGGAGCAUCUACGAUGCAUGACAAAAGAAAUGCAUUUCGACUCCGACUUCAAGUCUACUAUUACAUUCUGGGUAUUUCAAACAGUCACCGGUAUCACGGGUGUGCUGCUCUUCAUUGUUAUGUGCGUCAUAUUUAUAUUUGCGCAUCCAAAAAUACGGCAAAAGGCAUACAGCUACUUCUGGAUGACGCACAGCCUUUACAUUCUUCUUUACAUCUUGUGUCUUCUACAUGGACAGGCUAAACUUACAGGGUCACCUCGCUUUUGGAUGUUCUUCAUUGGUCCAGCCAUCGUUUUCACUUUGGACAAGGUUGUGAGCCUACAGACAAAAUACAUGGAACUGGACAUUUUGGAUACUGAGCUUCUGCCAUCAGACGUCACGCGUGUUAAGUUCACGCGGCCGCCGAACUUCAAAUACCUCUCUGGACAAUGGGUGCGUCUCAGCUGCACGGGCUUCCGUGCCACCGAGUACCAUUCUCUGACUCUUACGUCGGCCCCACACGAGAACUACCUCUCCGUGCACGUCAAAGCGCAGGGACCUUGGACGUGGAAGCUGCGGAACUACUUUGACCCCAGCAAUCUGCAUGAGAGCAUGCUGCCCAAGGUACGGCUCGAGGGGCCCUUCGGUGGUGGCAACCAAGACUGGUACAAGUUUGAGGUCGCCGUAAUGGUGGGCGGCGGUAUUGGCGUCACUCCGUAUGCCUCCAUACUGAAUGACCUUGUCUUCGGCACCUCCACAAACCGUUACUCGGGGGUCGCCUGCAAGAAGGUGUACUUCAUGUGGAUAUGUCCGUCGCAUCGUCACUUCGAGUGGUUCAUCGACGUUCUCCGAGAUGUAGAAAGGAAGGAUGUGACAAAUGUUCUGGAAAUUCAUAUUUUUAUCACGCAAUUUUUCCAUAAGUUCGACCUGAGAACCACAAUGUUGUACAUUUGUGAAAACCACUUCCAAAGGGUGUCCAACAGGAGUAUGUUUACCGGUCUGAAGGCAAUAAACCAUUUUGGAAGGCCUGACAUGUCCGCCUUCCUGAAGUUCGUGCAGCAACAGCACUCUUACGUAAGCAAAGUGGGUGUAUUCAGCUGUGGGCCUUCGGCACUCACAAAAAGCGUGAGUUCCGCCUGCGAAACGGUCAACAACAGCCGGAAGCUGCCAUACUUCAUACACCACUACGAAAACUUUUGACCAUUGCGCGUGUGGCGCCAUACUGCCAAAAAUGAAACCAACUGUGAUGAUGACGGCAGCGCAUGCUGCUUGUCUGUUCCCGCUGCGUAUCUGGCUGCGCCUACGCUGAUGGCUCGUCUGAUGCACCGAUUGACUCACUUGGACUCACUCAAGAAAAGAUUUCUCCUCGAUGACUCCAGCCCUUGCUUUCGAGCCUUCACAAUGACUGCAUCUUUUAGACGACCAGCGUAACGCACGUUGGGUGCUCGACCCCGUCGGUCAUGUGUUGUUUGCAGGCAAGAUCAUUCACGCAUUGUGUGGCAGGAGUACACGUCGCUCAGCUCUGGCACUCAACCGUAAUUAGCAAGCGAAGAAUAACCAUAAGUCGACAGUGUUUGGCUAGUGUCCCGCACUCUUUGCUGCGUCUUAUUUCUCCUUACAUUUCCGAUGGUGUCCCGACCGGCCAUCUGUGGACAAGUUUUACUAAUAUUGGUGUCAAAGAUUAAGUUUCUUUUUCUAAAUGCGCCGACGCUGAUGAUGCUUGGCACUGGCACCAGUUUGGCUUAGUUCGGCGGGGAAUAUACUUCUGAUGCUUUCACACAUUUCGACCGUCUUCUUUUGCAUCCUACGCGGUAAACUGCUUGCCCCUUGCGCACUAAUCCAAACUGGCCGAAAUGCUAAUGUACACGACUCUGUGUUACCGCCAAACUGUUCCAAAAUAUUUUCAACCCCUAAAGGUAAUCCACACGUGUGAUAAUUUGUUACUGAACAGAUAUCAAAAGAGUGUAAGUAUUUUACAGAGAGAAAGUGUGUACAGGAACUUCCUUUAGUAAGGCUUUGUCAAAAUUUCAGUGCAAUUGAGGCGUUACUCAGUGUGUCACGCUAGGUGUUUGUUCCUCCUCUUGAACCAUGUUGUUAGUUCAUCCUACUUAACGUCCCACGACUUCCUUUCAUCAACGGCUAUAACACUUUUCCUGUACCCACAUGUGUUGCGCAGUCAUUGAUGUUGUAUUGCAACACUCUUGAUGUUUUUAUCCAGUUGCUUUUAUUCACAUGUUUUUAAUAAAAUAUAUUUUUAUU